GAGACGUAAUUCUAUCUUUUUUGUUUUUUUGGUAAUGGCCGUCAGUCUAUUUCUGUCCUAGAAAAUAGAAAUUGUAGUCCAACAUUUUUCAAAUUUCAGUCAAAAAUACCGAAAGGCAAUCCAAUUCCUCGUAAUUUAAGCCCUUCGAUCACAACCCUCAAUCCCCGGCAUCUCUCUCUCAAACCCCAUAAGAAAUCUCUGCUACACCGGCUCUUCAGUUCUCUAAUGGCGAUGAUUGCUGAUGAUAACCUAAGCAGAGAACAGUAUGUCUACUUGGCCAAGCUCGCUGAGCAGGCCGAGCGAUACGAAGAGAUGGUGAAAUUCAUGGAGAAGCUCGUUGUUGGAUCAUCUUCAGUUGGUGAGCUCACAGUCGAGGAGCGGAAUCUCCUUUCGGUCGCAUACAAGAACGUCAUCGGAUCUCUGCGUGCGGCCUGGCGUAUUGUGUCUUCGAUUGAGCAGAAGGAAGAGGGUCGUAAGAACGAAGAACAUGUCACGCUUGUCAAAGAUUACAGAUCUAAGGUGGAAUCUGAGCUAUCUGAUGUCUGCGCUGGCAUCUUGAAGCUUUUGGAUGCUCACCUCAUCCCAUCCGCCUCCGUGAGUGAGUCCAAGGUGUUUUAUCUCAAGAUGAAGGGAGAUUAUCAUAGAUAUCUUGCUGAGUUCAAGGUCGGAGCUGAGCGUAAGGAAGCCGCUGAAGAUACGAUGCAGGCUUACAAGGCGGCUCAGGAUAUUGCACUUGCUGAUCUCGCUCCCACACAUCCUAUAAGAUUGGGAUUGGCGCUCAAUUACUCCGUAUUUUACUAUGAAAUACUCAAUUCUUCAGAGAUAGCUUGUAACAUGGCGAAGCAGGCAUUUGAGGAAGCCAUUGCUGAGCUGGAUACAUUGGGCGAAGAGUCAUACAAGGACAGCACUCUCAUCAUGCAACUCCUGAGGGACAAUCUGACUCUCUGGACUUCAGAUGUGCAGGAGCAGCUUGAUGAGGCAUAGGCAAAUUGUUCUAAGCCGAUAGGUCAUUCUUCUCCUCGAGGGAGGUGGGCUUGAAUGUCAUUGUCUGUAUUAUUCAUAUAGACCAAUCGAUGUAUUCUCUACAUUCUGCGAAAAACAACGCAUGCUGUUUCUGAUAAUCAAAACUAGUCUGUCUUUGAAAUUUUGAGGAUUCCUGAUAGGUAGGACCUGGUAGCGCGAGUUGAUCACAUUGGCAGCUUUUGUACCAAUAUUUUAGUGUGCGCAUAUGAAUAUGAGCAUGAAAUGAUUCCAUGAA